AUGGCUCGACGUGGUGGUGAUCAUUUGGUGGUGGCCGCCAUAGACUUUGGAACUACCUACUCUGGAUACGCUUACUCCUUUAGAGACGAUAUCCGUAAAACUCCAUUAAAAAUCUACACAAACCAACAGUGGACUGAUCCGGAAACCAACCUGACGACAUUUAAAACUCCAACAUCGAUCUUGUUUGACAACAACAGAAAAUUCAAGUCAUUUGGAUUCGCCGCGGAAUCAGAUUACAAAGACUUAAUUGAAGAUGAAGAACAAGAAGGUUGGCGUUUCUUUAGAAGAUUCAAAAUGAGUCUUUAUCGUGAGAUGAAAACAGACCAGGCCGGCGGUGAGUACGGACGUCCCCAGAGACGAUUAGGCCGAAACCUGAAACUCAAAGACGCACAAGAUAAAAGAAUGUCAGCUAUGGAUAUCUUCAGUGCUGCUAUAGGUUUCCUUAAAGGCCAUUUUCUCUCGGCGUUAGAAAAUUCUAUUAAGGGUGCUAAAGAAGAGGAUGUUCAUUGGGUAUUGACUGUGCCAGCAAUCUGGUCUGAUGCAGCAAAGCAAUUCAUGCGGGAAGCUGCAAAACAGGCCCAUAUCCUUGAUCAUCAACUGACCUUGGCAUUAGAACCAGAAGCUGCCGCCAUCUAUUGUAAGGAAAUUUUCAUAAAGACAACAGCAGAGACUGGAAGCUCCAAAGGCUUAUCGGUAUUUACACCGGGGGAACAGUUCCUUCUAUUGGAUAUUGGAGUCGACAUCACAUGUCAUGAAGUUAUGAUCGACGGUACUCUGAAGGAAAUACAUCCACCAACCGGAGGGCCAUGGGGUGGAACCGUUGUAGACAAAGCCUACUUCGACUUCUUGCAGGAUUUAGUUGGGGAGGAUGUAUGGAUGUAUUUCAUGAAAGAAUACCAAUCUGAUGAACUUGAACUUGAGAGAAUGUUUGAAAUGAAAAAAAGGCAUCUUAAAGAGGAUGCACAUACAAUCAUUAGAGUAGGACUUAACCUCAUGCAAAGCUACACUAACGUACGGAACUGUAGUCUUGAAGAGAUGCUGUCUGCGGAAACAUCGAAAUAUUUCGGGAAAGUACAAGUUAAGAAAGAGAAGCUGAAAAUUCAGAACAGUUUAAUCAAAGAAUUCUUCCUAGAUCCAAUUAACGCGAUUGUUGAACAUCUUGAGCGUCUUUUCAGAAAGAGAUCUAUGGAUCAUGUUUCUACUAUCUUAAUGGUUGGUGGCUUUGCCGAGUCAGAACUCAUGAAACAAAAAAUUGAGUCAUCUUUCCCAGGUAAGGAUGUCAUCCGUCCGGUUGACGCAAACCUGGCUGUGCUGAAGGGAGCGGUGCUGUUUGGACAUUCCCCAGGGGCUAUUUGUGAGCGGGCAAGUCCGAGGACAUAUGGAAUCGGUAUAAGUGUACCAUUCAAUGAUGGGGUGCACUUACCGAAGACUUUCCAUAUCACUGAAGGACGGAAAAUGUCCACCGAUAUUUUUCAAGUAUUGGUGAAAAUCGGCCAACCAGUCAUAAUGGGAAAGACCAAAGUAGAGCAUGUAUGCAGUCCGUCCAAUUCCAAUGAUACCAUGGCUACAGUGGAAGUGUAUGAAUCCACGGUAGAAAGUCCAAGAUAUACAUUUGAUCCUACUUGUCGCAAGUUAGGAGAGUUACAUGUGAAAAUACCGGACACGUCCAGAGGAAAAGCCCGAAAGAUUGUUGUGGUGAUGCAUUUUGGUUUUACGGAACUUAAAGUUACAGCGACGGAGGAAGGUACAAACAACAAAGCCGAGAUUAAGUUUGAUUGCCUGAGUACAAGUUGA